CUGCACAGACCGCCACAUCCCCGCAAAAAUGACCAAAUAGCUGACCCGGUCACGGUAGACGCUACGAUGGUGCUCACUGGAGCAAUGGAAGCGCCCUCCGCGGAAGAUGGCUCUGCAAAGCAGGGGUCUGGUGUCUGCCUUCGAAGUCGCUCUUGCUCCUCCGAGAGGGACGGUCAGGUACGGGCUGUCAAAGCUGCCCUCCUCUCCAAGCUAGGGCCUUACGAGCCCGUCCUGACAUACCUGCAGUCCGUUCUGGUGUGGGAGAGACCAUUUCAGAGUGUCCUUCUCUUCACCGUUGUCAACGUUGUGUUCUGGUUCUUUGCUCUCACAUCACUGCGCCUGCUGUUCCUGCUGGCUUCUGGACUCGCUGUGCUUGUAUUUGUGGAUUGCUGGAGGAAUAAGAUCUGGCCUAAGAUUAGAGUCAGAAAGCUGGAUGAAUCAGAACAUGAGAGCUGGGGUCUGGUGCAGCCUGGCGUCAUCAGUGUGCCUGAAAUUUGCCACCACCUUGCUGAGGCGUGGGUCAGUGCAUCGGUUUUCACAUCCAGCACGCUGCAAUACAAACGACAGAACCCAGGCAAUUUUUGCAUCCUGACCUGCGGAGUAUUCUUCUGUUUGGCUGUGAUUGGAUUCUACCUUCCUGGAUUGGUGCUGUCUUAUGCUGCUUUGCUGUCCACUCUCCUGGCCCCUCUGGGAGCAUAUCACAGGGUAUUUCAGCAUGUCUACGUGAAGCUGGGACCAGUCCUGCAGCGGCUGGAUUUCAGCGCCAGUGGAUACAUGAUGUCAAAGCCCAUUGAUAAUCAGUUCCUUCGAAGACCCAUUCGAGAUGAAGCCUCAGGCGACGCCAGCGACAGUGAGGAGGAAUUGGCUGCUUUCUGCCCAACGUUUGAUGAUGCUGUUGCUGCUAAAGAACUUGCGCUGACUGACUCGGAGCACUCUGAUGCUGAGGUGUCCUACACUGACAACGGGACAUUUAACUUAUCACGCGGCCAAACGCCUCUCACAGAGGGCUCUGAAGAUUUUGACAGACACAGUGAUGCAGAGGAGUCCUUUGCACAAGACCUCCCCGACUUCCCCUCCAUAAACCCCGAUGCUACCCUCAUGGAUGACGAUGACGACACAAGCAUCGGGCUGCCUAGCUUGGGUCCGUCAGGGCUGGCUAGCCACCGCGCAUCAGUGCUGGACUUGGAUGCUCACCUGGAGUCGGACCAGGAGGAUCUGGACACCGAUCUCUCCCUCAGCGGCCUGCCACCCGCCUCAGACUUCUCUGGAGACUUGGCUGGAAUGAUCGCAAGCAACAUGAUCCAGGCGGCGCUGGCCGGAGCCAUGCAGCCUCGGCCCCCCACCACUCAGCGCAGACACGGCCCCCCAAAGGCAGCGACCAGCAGAAGCUACCGGAAGCAGUCCAGCUCCGAGUGGGACACGGACUUGGAUGGAGAAGACUUUGAAAUGCUGGAUCAGUCUGAGCUGAACCAGAUGGAUCCCCUGGGCGGAGGAGAGGGUGGAAGACGGGCUGAAAGCCAGGGGUCUAACUUCUUAUCCAGCCUGCUUGGUAAACCGCAGUAG